AUGCUCCUAUUCAAUUCAUCUGUUGCCAUGCGUGCUUUGCAAACGCGCACCUUCUCGGUAUCAGCGCGUCGUUCUGACAAAGUUCUCGCCGCACUUUACCGCGGUGGAGAAGCCUCCAAGCGCCAGCCCAAACUCCUUGCAACGGUAGAGAAUGAGCUCGGUCUGCGCAAAUGGAUCGAGAGCAAGGGUCACUCGCUUGUCGUCACCGACGACAAGGAUGAUUCUUCAUCAAAGUUUGAUACAGAACUGAAGGAUUCAGAUAUUGUGAUUACAACCCCCUUCCACCCGGCUUAUGUUACAGCUGAGCGGAUUGACAAGGCACCAAAGCUCAAGGCGUGCAUCACUGCUGGUGUUGGAAGUGACCAUGUUGAUCUUGACAAAGCCAAUGAGCGCAAAAUUGGUGUGUAUGAAGUCACAGGUUCGAAUGUGACAUCUGUCGCCGAGCAUGCCGUUAUGACUAUCCUAGUGCUUGUGCGCAACUUUGUGCCAGCGCACACGCAGUACGCUGAAAAGAACGAUUGGAAUGUGGCAGAAAUUGCACAAAACUCGUAUGACAUUGAAGGCAAGGUCGUGGGCACAGUUGGCUUUGGUCGUAUCGGGCGUCUUAUUAUGGAGCGCUUGAAGCCAUUUAAUAUGAAGGAGAUGCUGUACUAUGACUACAACCGCGCCGACUCUGAAACUGAGAAAGCGAUGGGCGUCCGUCAUGUACCCUCUGUCGAAGAACUUGUUAGUCAGUGCGACAUUGUGACGAUCAAUGCACCAUUGCAUGCAGGCACUAAGGGCUUGUUCAACAAGGAGCUGAUCAGCAAGAUGAAAAAGGGAGCUUGGAUCGUGAAUACGGCACGGGGAGCUAUUUGUGUGAAGGAAGACAUUGCGGAUGCUUUGAAGAGCGGACAGUUGAAUGGUUAUGGUGGUGAUGUAUCAUUUCCACAGCCUGCAGAGAAAGAUCAUCCAUGGCGCGGCAUGCGUAACAUUUGGAACCCGACGCUAGGUGGUGGUAAUGCUAUGACGUCGCACAUUUCGGGCACGUCGCUUGAUGCCCAGGCACGCUACCUGGCUGGAACGAAAGAGAUUCUGGAGAACUUGUGGUCUGGCAAGCCGCAAAAACAGGUUAACGUGAUUGUGGAAAAUGGAAAGUACGUGUCGCCGGCAUACGGUCAGCAUUAG